UUAACAUGUCACAUUACUUCAUAGUACGGCAACAGUACCUCACUAACUGAUGGUACAUACAUAAUGGUGUAGGAAAAUAACCCAGGAGUGUUGCAAGAGGUUUAUAAAAACGGAGGCAAUUAAAUGCAAUUCAUUCUAAAAGUAUAUGGAAUAUUUUUGUGAAAUUUUGUAAAACUGGAAGGCUGUUUUAUCUGGUUUAGAUUGUGUAGAAGUCAAUUUAUUGCUGUGCAUUAUGUAACUGAAUUAGUUCAAUAUGAUGUUUUGUUAGUUAUUACAGCUACAAUGGUACCUAAAAAUAUAUCAUAUAGGUAUGUUGCCAGUGUAAAUUACAAUGAAAAUUUGACGCUCGUUGCCGAUUGAGCGGGGCGAUACUUAACACUUAACAAUUAAACAAAAACAUAUGCCAUAUAGUCUUUACAAUUUCAAUUAUUCAACUACUGCUAUAACUGAAAUCUGAUUUUGGUGCUCUUUUUCGUAUCAAGUAAUUCCAACUAAGAAUGAAAUAUAUUUAUACUGACAACAUUUGUAAUACCAAGAAAACGUAGCAAGUGCUCUAUCAGCUUUCAUGGUUAAAUUACAUGGAACACAGAUGUUUACAGAUUCGGAAAGCACAAGAAGAUUCAAGAUGGGAUCCUGAUGACUACACAUCUGCAACGACGGAUUACCAAAAUGUCCUUGACAAAAUUCGAGAAACUGUUCAAUACUGUGCAAACGCAAGGUCAAGCAUACACUCAGGGUACAUUGACAAGUUUUUAAAAUAUUUAAAAACCUGUCUAGAUACAGUGGAGAACUUCUCCGGACUAUCCUCUAAAGGCAAAGAGAUGAAAGCCUCGAUCCUCCAGACACUUAUCGCAGAACUCGAAUCUACAUAUGAACAGGAAAAAAGAAAUAUCGAUGCCUUAGGAACGGUCAAAACGUCCAUUGCCAAGCGUGUUCAUCAAUAUCUUAAUGAUGCUGCAAACAAAGACAGGAUUUUCAACUGGACAGAAGAUGACAUCCCCAACAAAAAUGACUAUUUGAUUGUCAAAAGUUAUGCUCGCGUUGCUAUUCGGAAUUUCGUCUUGAAAGCAAUUGGUGAUUACGUAGAAGAAUGCAAGUCAGAGUCAGGAGACCUUAUGGACCGGCUGCUCAAAAUCACACUGAAUAUCAUAGAAAAGGAAGCCAAGAUGGAGCGCUUUUUGAAAAAUAUUGAAAAGGACAUAGUAUCAGCACAAGAAACCGCCACAGAUUUACCUAUCAAAGAACACACAGCCGAUUUAAACAAAAAGGAAAUUGCUGCGAUAGUGUUAACUUCUCCACUUUGGAUUCCGUUGGGCAUCGCGGGAGUGCUAACAGUUCUUCCAGUUACGUGUGCAGUCCUGAAAGGAAAACAGCAUCAAAAGUUUUCCAAAUAUAAGGCCAAUAAAUUAGAGCACCUUAAUCGAUGGACAGAACAAAUUCUUAAAGAAGAAUAUACUUUGGGUCAUCUUGAAUACAUCAUAUUUAACAUGUUGACCGAGAAGAUUAACGAGAAAAUGCGAAACUUUUCAAAGUCAAUCACAAACUACAAAAACCUAUUGAAACGCCUUGACCCAACGAAGAAGAAAAAAGAUGUAAUUCGUGGCUAUGCCGAGAUGAGAGAGCUCUGCUGUCACCUUGAUGUCAUUUUGCCGGUAUUGGAGUAGCCCCAGAGAAAUAGUGGGAGGUUUCGAGGUUUGAGCCCUGAGAAUGUUGCACAAACAUUGUGAGUAGAACAGUUUACAUGACUAAGCGUAAGAAGACAAAGUGCCGGGAAUCUUACUUUAUUGCGAUAACAAAACUUAGUUCCAAUUAAGAUAGUAAUGCACAAAACCUCCAUGUACACCUAUACCUAAAGGAACUGCAUCACUUCUGACAAUGUUGGAGACAAUGGCAAAAACUUGCGUGUGAAUGUGUUCUUUGACUUAUUGUUUUGUUAUUUGAUAUGUACAUUUCUAAUAAGACACUUAUUGGAAUUAUGGAAUUAUUGGAAUUAUGAAAAUAUUUUACAAACGAAAACAGGUAUCAGUGUGAUUCUCUAAUUAUUUAUUUUUCUGAUCUAUUACUGUUUCUGGGUUUUUUUGUAAUUAGAUGUUGGCUUUCAAUAAUUACGGAGACUUACUGCGUCAGUAUUCAAAUGAAACUUUUUUCUCAUGAUUAUAUUUCUUUUGACAUUUACAUUACCAUUUAAAGACACGUAUAGAGCCCCAUUAAAUCAAUCAAUAUAUUUAGGUUUUUCAACCAUUGUCAACCCCAAUCCCCGAUUGUUUACGGUUCUGUUAGUGCUACGGUAAAAAGGAACACUGUACACGUGUUUCGAGCUGAUUUAAAAAAAAACCCACCAAAAACAAACAAGCAAUAAAGUCCCCUUUAUAUACGAGGUGAUUAAAUCCUAAACCUUAUUUGAUUUCUGUUCAGAUAAAUUGAGCUCUAUUUUAACAUUGUUCGUGGGCAGUAAUCCAGAGACUCACAAUAUAAGUUAGAUGCCUCUUUAAAGCAUAUGUAAUUUAGGGUCCAAAGACAUGUAGGUCCCUAGACAGAAGAUACACAUCUGUUCAUUUGGUUAGUAAUCAGGGGUCUAAACACAUACUUAAAUGAUGAGUAAGAACACUUUUACUGACAAUAUAAAAAGAGGAGAAAAAGAGAAAGGGAAAGUGAUUUGCCAUACCCCA